AUGAAUUCAGUGAGGUCAGAGGUGGUGAAUGGACACCCCACCUAUGUGACCCAUUUCUGCCUGCCACAGCUACUGCCGCUGCUCAAGCACUCCAUGUCUUACCUACAUGAGAUUUUCGAGUUCUAUGAGGAGAUCCUGACGUGCCGCUACCCUUACGCCUGCUUCAAGACGGUGUUUGUGGACGAGGCCUAUGUACAAGUGUCCACCUAUGCUUCCAUGAGCAUCUUCAGCACUAACCUGCUCCACAGCGCUAUGAUCAUAGACCAGACCCCGCUGACACGCCGCUGUCUGGCCCAGGCCUUGGCUCAGCAGUUCUUUGGCUGUUUCAUCUCCAGGAUGUCAUGGGCCGAUGAGUGGGUGCUGAAGGGGAUCUCAGGCUACAUCUACGGCCUCUAUCUAAAGAAGACCUUUGGAGUCAACGAGUACCGGCACUGGAUCAAGGAGGAGUUGGACAAGAUUGUGGAAUAUGAACUAAAGAUGGGAGGGGUACUGUUGCAUCCGACCUUUAUUGGGGGCAAAGAGAAGGACAACCCAACUCCCCACCUUCACUUCUCCAUCAAGCACCCCCACACACUGUCCUGGGAGUACUACAAGAUGUUCCAGUGUAAGGCCCACCUGGUGAUGAGGCUGAUAGAAAACAGGAUCAGCAUGGAGUUCAUGCUGCAGGUAUUCAACAAGCUUCUGAGCCUGGCCAGCACAGCCUCAUCCCAGAAGUACCAGAGUCAGAUGUGGAGUCAGAUGCUUCUGUCUACUCACGCCUUCCUCAAAUCCAUCUCCAAUGUCUCUGGCAAAGACAUAGGCCCUCUCAUCAAGCAAUGGGUAGACCAGAGCUCUGUGGUGAAAUUCUUUGGCAGUUUUGCCUUCAACAGGAAGAGGAACGUACUAGAGCUGGAGAUCCGUCAGGACUACACGUCAUCUGGAACUCAGAAAUAUGUGGGUCCUAUCAAGGUGACAGUGCAGGAGCUGGAUGGAUCCUUUAACCACACGCUGCAGAUAGAGGAGAACAGCCUCAAACAUGACAUCCCCUGUCAUUCCAAGAGCAGACGGAACAAGAAAAAGAAGAUCCCUCUGAUGAAUGGAGAGGAAGUUGACAUGGAUUUAUCAGCCAUGGACGCGGACUCCCCUCUCCUCUGGAUCCGGAUUGACCCGGACAUGUCAAUUCUGAGAAAGGUGGAGUUUGAGCAGGCUGACUUCAUGUGGCAGUAUCAGCUGCGCUAUGAGAGGGACGUGGUCGCACAGGAGGAGGCCAUCUCAGCAUUGGAAAAGUUCUCAACUCCUGCCUCCAGACUGGCUCUGACCGACAUCCUGGAGCAAGAACAGUGUUUCUACAAAGUCCGCAUGCAAGCCUGCUUCUGUUUGGCCAAGAUAGCCAAUUCUAUGGUGAGCACAUGGCAGGGCCCGCCGGCUAUGAAGUCCCUGUUCACCCGGAUGUUCUGCUGUAAGAGCUGCCCUAACAUCGUCAAGACCAACAACUUCAUCAACUUCCAGAGUUACUUCCUACAAAAGACAAUGCCUGUUGCCAUGGCGCUAAUCAGAGAUGUCCAGAACCUCUGCCCCAAAGAUGUCCUCAACUUCAUCCUUGACCUCAUCAAGUAUAACGACAACCGCAAAAACAAAUUCUCAGAUAACUACUACCGUGCAGAUCUGAUCAAAGCGCUGACCAACUCUCUGACCCCAGCCAUCAGCAUCAACAAUGAGGUACGGACAGUGGACAAUUUAAACGCUGACGUUCGUCUCAUCUUGGAGGAGAUUACACGAUUCCUGAAUAUGGAGAAACUGCUGCCGAGCUUCAGGAACACCAUCACUGUCAGUUGUCUGAGAGCGAUUCGUCAGCUUCAGAAGAACGGUCACAUUCCCAGUGACGCCUCACUCUUCAAGUCCUACGCAGAGUACGGACACUUUGUAGACGUUCGCAUCGCUGCAGUGGAGGCUCUGGUGGACUAUACUAGAGUUGAAAGAAGUUCAGCAGAGCUGCAGUGGCUGCUCACCAUGGUCCACAAUGACCCGGUUCAUUAUGUCAGACAUGAGAUCCUGAGCAUGCUCUGUAAGAAUCCACCUUUUACCAAGACAACAACAGACUCAGCUCUGUGUAAUGAAGCUCUGGUCGACCAGCUCUGGAAGCUUAUGAACUCAGGUACCUCCCAUGACUGGCGGCUGCGCUGUGAUGCUGUGAACCUCUACUACACCUUGUUCGGUUUGACUCGGCCCUCCUGCCUGCCCCUGCCAGAACUGGGCCUCGUGCUCAACCUGAAGGAGAAGAAAGCUGUCCUAAAUCCCACCAUCAAACCAGAGCUGGGGGUCAGCACCGUAAUGGACACACCUGCCAGUAUAGGCAUCCAUGGUGUCGGCAUGAGCUAUGCAGCUGUGGAUGAAGAGCCAGAUCCUAUUUCAUUAGGGGUGUGUGGAGUGGGCCAGCCCCCUCAGGGCCUGAAGAGAAAGGCAGAGACCCCUCUGGGCUCCCCUCCAGAGCCAGGACAGAUCCUGCAGCAACAGGAUGAUGAUGGAAGAGGAGGACGCUACAAGAUCAGG